AUGCCUCAUACGAAAAAGAAGCGUAUCCGGAAUUGGACUGCCGAAGAUCGAGCUCUGCACCGUGAGUUCGAGAAGUCGCGCCGGGAAGCCUUUAGUGAAAGUCUUGUGGAGCUGACGGAGCUUUUGCCAUCGCUGAAGGUAGAGGCGCGUCCCUCAAAGCAUGCUAUUGUUGAUGCCAGCAUCUCCUACCAUCGUGCACAACAGGCAAGGUGUCUUCGUACGAACCAAGCCCUCCAGUCCAUAUUGACCGAGCGCGAUGAUUUGCUGCGCGAGGUUAAUGCUCUUCGAGCUCUUUGUCAGCCCGUCACAUUUGUUCCGCGCCAAGCCAGACCAGUAGACCCUGCUGUACUAGGCAUGAUGGCGGAGAGUAAGGUUUCAGCUGUCGAUCUGACACGAGAGCAAGGAUCUAUCGAUAAACUGCCGGAAAUUUCUCAGCAAAUGGUUGGUCGGUCCCUGACAGGAUCGCAUCCGGGUGAGUCCUUGUCAGUUGUGCCGCAGGGAUCCCUGAUUGACUCCAGUGCUGCGUUGCAACAUCCUGAUCUGUCCCACACACCUGAUGGCCAGAGUCUUGCCAUUUUGAACAAUGGAAUGAGCCCUAUUAAUUCAUCUGAAUGGGAUUGGGAGGAAUCAAAUAAAAUCUGUCAGCAGAUGGUUUUGCAUCCCCCCCUUAUGGAUGAAGCGGCUCUUUUGUGGAGCCAACCUACAGAAAAUCCAACUGCUACACCACCGCAAGGUGCAGGUUCCGGGUAUACUGCGAGUCCUGUAUACCUUCUAGAUGAUGCGACUCAUUUUUGGACCCAAGAUCCUGGUGUCAUGAACGCAAUGCCACCCAGCGACAGUGUGCCAUUUGAAAGCCAAACUAUUUCUACAUCGUGGCAUCCACAUCCUCCUACCUUGAGCAUUCUACCCCAAGAGGCCAACAGAAUUGCGAUUCAUCAAAUGCGAAAUUCGGUAAAUUCAUUCAGUUCAGAUCCAGAAAGUCUAUCUAUACCUAUGGGAGACAUGAUCGGAAAUGACCCAGUCAAUCCAUCUGCAACACUAUGCUCAGCCACGAAUUGA